GAGGACAAGAUCGAAAACGGGGAAUGGAAAAACGAUGCCGUAUACGUUGUUCGAGACCAGAGAAGGGCGGCAACGAGGAGGUUACAGAGCUUUUGCAGCGACGGUCAUGGCUGGAAUUGCCGUUAUUUGGGGUUACAGAGCGGCGGAGAUCCCGGCCGCCGGCGACCCUGGACGGUGGCCUUGGAUCGGAAUCUUCAUCUCUGAGAUUCUUUUUGGUCUGUACUGGAUUUUAACUCAGUCUGUUCGUUGGCGUCUCACUUACAACUUCCCCUUCAAAGAUCAACUCUCUCUAAGGUACAGCGACGACCAAUUACCAAAUGUCGACAUUUUCGUUUGCACCGCCGACCCCAUUAUCGAACCGCCGGUCUUGGUCAUCAGCACCGUCUUAUCCGCCAUGGCCUACGAUUACCCACCUGAGAAAUUGGCCAUUUAUCUCUCCGAUGAUGGCGGCUCCGAGUUCACAUUCUACGCUCUCAUUGAAGCUUCAAAUUUCUCCAAGCAUUGGUUGCCCUUCUGUAGGAAGUUCAAGGUUGAGCCUAGGUCUCCGGAGGCCUACUUUUCUCUUGAUUCUGCCCUGCAUAAUUGUUCUCAAGAGUGGAUCCACAUGAAGAAACUGUUCGAUGAAAUGAAGGAGAGAAUUAACUCGGUGGUUGAAAUGGGGAGAGUUCCUAAGGAGAUAAGGGAUCAAAAUAAAGGUUUCUCUGAGUGGGAUAAUGGUGUAACAAAGCAAAAUCAUCAGUCCAUUGUGAAGAUAAUAUUUGAUGGGAAGAAUCAUGAUAAUGUGGAUAUUGAUGGAUGUGUACUGCCAAAAUUGGUGUACAUGGCUCGUGAAAAGAGACCCCAGCAACCCCAUCAUUUUAAAGCUGGAGCUAUGAAUGCACUGAUAAGAGUAUCCUCAGAGAUAACUAAUGCUCCCUUCAUCCUAAACUUAGACUGUGACAUGUACUCAAAUAAUCAAGACACAAUAAAGGAGUUACUAUGUUUCUUCCUGGAUGGUAAAAGAAGCCAGGACAUUGCAUUUGUGCAAUUCCCACAAGACUUCGACAAUAUUACAAAAAACAAGUUAUAUGGGCUGCCAGAUCAAGUUAUUAACGAGAUUGAACUAACUGGCAUUGGUACCUAUGGCACCGCCUUGUAUUGCGGCACUGGAUGUUUCCAUCGAAGAGAAGCUCUCUGUGGGAAGAAGUACAGUGAAGAUUUUAAUGGAUCAGUACAUUUAGAUGCGCAAACUAAUAAAGAAGAUCCAAAAACUAUUAAUGAAUUGGAAGAAGCAUGUAAGCUUCUUGUUGACUGCAACUUUGAGAACGGCUCUCAAUGGGGAAAGGAGAUGGGAUUAGUAUAUGGGUGUCCAGUAGAAGAUAUUGUUACUGGGUUAACGAUACAGUGCAGAGGUUGGAGAUCGGUUUACUAUAAUCCGAAGAAACGAGCUUUUUUGGGGGUUGCACCGAUUAGCUUGGAUGUAUAUCUUGUUCAAUUUAAAAGGUGGUCUGAAGGGAUGUUUCAAAUAUUCUUGUCCAAGUAUUGCCCCUUCAUAUAUGGACAUGGGAAGAUCAAGUUUGGAGCUCAAAUGGGAUACUGUGUAUAUCUUUUAUGGGCUCCACUUUCGCUACCAGUUUUGUAUUAUGCCACCGUUCCUGCUAUUUGUCUGCUUCGAGGCAUUCCCUUAUUUCCGGAGGUUACAAGCUUAUGGGCCAUACCUUUUGCAUACGUCUUUGUAACCAAAACCUGUUGGAGCAUAGUUGAGACCAUAACUUGUGGCAGCACACUCAAAGCUUGGUGGAACUUACAAAGAAUGUUACUUUUCAGAAGCACCACUGCAUUCUUCUUUAGCUUCAUUGACACAAUCAUCAAGCAGCUUGGGCUCUCUCAAACUAAAUUUGCUGUGACUGCUAAAGUGGCAGCUGAGGAUGUGUCAAAGAGACAUGAACAAGAGAUCAUAGAGUUUGGGAGCUCAGACAUCAUGUCCACUAUGAUAGCAACACUUGCAAUGCUUAACCUUUUUGGCUUAUUGCUGGGAAUCAAGAACGUUGCUGCUUUGGAUUUGGAGUCUUUUUACAAAGGUAUGAACAAAUUCAUUCUACAAACUCUUGUUUGUGGGCUAAUCGUUAUGGCUAACUUGCCCACAUAUGAAGCCCUCUUCGUUCGUAAGGACAAGGGGCGUUUGCCGGCCUCAGUAUUGUUCAGGUCCGUUGUUUUGGCUUUGUUGCCUUGUUUGUUGUUUGCAUACUAAAUAGUGACACUUUGUAGUAAGCUUAUGCUGCUUUGUUGUGUAGACAUUUUGAAAUUUUAUAGGUUUGAUGUGUUUUAAUUCAAUGCUAUGUUAUAAAAUAAUGUAUAUUGUGCAAGAAAAUCGUUAGUAUACACUAACGAAAAGUACCUGUUGCGAAAUUUAAUUGAACUAUAUGAAGCAAUAGAAUUCAUUGAAACUA